UACCCCCCCCCCCCCGCCCUAUAAAGCGAGGAGGGAUUCCACGCCACGGCCAAAUCCUCUUCCUCUCGGACGACCAAGCCCCCCGGGAGCUCGCGGUGUCACUCCUGGGCCACCAGCCACGACCCCUCGCCAUGGGCCAGUGGACCUACGAUCUGUGCGGCUGCUUCGAGAACUGCAGCCUGUGCGUGCUCACGUGGCUGGCGCCGUGCGUGACGGCCGGACACAACGCCGAGGACACGGGCCAGGGCAGCUUCGUGGCCUGCUGCCUCGUCUUCCCCUUCGCCGGCUGGUGGUUCACCGCUCAGAGCCGCAAGAAGACGCGGGAGAUGCGCGGCAUCGAUGGCUCGUUCGGCAAGGACCUGCUGCUCGCCUGCUUCCUGCCGUGGUGCACGAUGGUGCAGAUCGCGCGGGAGCUCAAAGAACCCCCGGCUCAACAACCCAUACAGAGGUCGUAGACACCCAGCAGCACCGGCGCCCUGCAUCAACACCCUGGAGCCAGCCAGCCAACAGCACCCAGCGUCAUCUCACUCCCAGCGCCAUCUCACUCCCUACAUCUCACUCCCAGCACCAUCUCACUCCCAGCACCAUCUCACUCCCAGCACCAUCGCACUCCCAGUGUCAUGUCACUCCCAGUACCAUCUCACCCCCUACAUCUCACUCCCAGCACCAUCUCACUCCCAGCGUCAUCUCACUCCUAGCGUAAUCUCACUCCCAGAACCAUCUCACUCCCUACAUCUCACUCCUAGUGUCAUCUCACUCCCAGCACCAUCUCACCCCCUACAUCUCACUCCCAUCAUUACCUCACCCGCCGAGGUCCUGGCUUCAAUCCGGGAUGUCGGUGCCCCUCUGCGUUGAACUUCUCUCGCACCGCGCGCAGCCACCCGCGCGGGGGAAGGACAUCAAACGAAGCAAACUAAACAUAUUUAAUGGGGUUCUCAAUUAAAGCAAGCUGAUGGUGUAUAUUUAUAUACAAUUAUACCUCAAUUACAGUACAUAUAUAUACAUAUGAUCAUCACAGUCUAUAUAACGUAUAUCAUCUUGAUUGACGUGUGACGAGCGAUCUCGUCGUAGAGUGUGGCGAAUUCUGCCUCUGGUCGUGUAAGUCACGCGGUGUCACGAACUGUGCCAAUAAAACACUCCCCGUGA